AUGUCCACUCGUCAAUACUACCAGCCCGCUGCCUACCCAUACCACGCCCCUUCCAAGGCACCGGCACCGGCGGCACUCUAUCCCAUCUCCAGAGUUCCUGGCUCACCACCAAACUAUGAUGAUGCUAGCACCACUGCCGGCAGUCGUUCGUCUGGUGGGCUCACUUUCAGCUCCGCUGGCCGCAGCUAUGAAUCCAGCUCGGCCUCGUACUCUGGAGUUGAUGUUGUUGAUGUCCUGAAUGACCGCAUGCAAGAUGCAUUCGACCCAACACCAUUAGACAAGGGCCUGGCACGACAGGCGCAAACAUCUGGCCAGCUCAACGCAAAGCAGCAAGAGCUGCUCGAGUUGCAAGCGAUGGCUCAACGACGACUGAAGGGCGUGCGCUCAAAUUUCAACGAAGGCUUGAAAACAGCACGAGAGACAAAGCGCGAUCUGGAAUGGACUCAAAAGCGCGUCAGUGCCCUGAAGACCAAGGCUGAGAAGGCCCACCCGGAGGAGUACCGACGGUCUUCGAAGAAGUACGCCUAUGACGAGUACUGA